AGCCAACUGUGAGACACUAAUGGGCUGAAACACGAGGUGACCAAGAGGAGGAGGUGCAGCCUCGGGGGCCACCACUCGGCUCCGGAGCCGGCGGGCCGCCACUCGCUCAGCACCGCUCAGUGGGAUGGAGAGAACAGCUUCACUCAGGUGUUUGCGUCCCGCCUCCAGAGGGCCUCGGCGCUCGGCGUGAGCCGCCGCCAUGCUGUACAGCCACCGCCUGCUGCUCGCCGUCUACAUCGUCACUUUCCUGAUGGGCGUGCCCGCCAACAUCGCGGCGCUCUGCACCUUCUGCCGCAAGGUGCGCCGCCGCGCGCUGCCCAUCGACAUCCUCCUCCUCAACCUCACCAUCUCCGACCUCGUCUUCCUCGCCUUCCUGCCCUUCAAGAUGAAGGAGGCGUCCGACGGCAUGGCCUGGCUGCUCCCCUACGCCCUCUGCCCCUUCACCGGCUUCCUCUUCUACGUCACCAUCUACAACAGCACGCUGCUGCUCACCGCCGUCAGCGUGGAGCGCUACCUGGGCGUGGCCUACCCGCUCAGGUACUCGCUGUGCCGCCGGCCGCGCUACGCCGCGCUGGCCUGCGUCCUCUUCUGGGUGGGCACCUCCCUGAACCUCAGCAUCGUCUACAUCAUCCCCUACGCCCAGUGGAGCAGGGGGGCGGGCCGCGGCAACGCCACGGGGGGCGGCGACGCGGCGCCCCCGCCCACCUGCUACCUGAACUUCACCGAGGAGGAGCUGCGCGUGGUGCUGCCGGUGCGCCUGGAGCUCUUCCUCGUCCUCUUCUGCGUGCCCUUCGUCGUCUGCUGCUUCUGCUACGUCAACUUCAUCCUCAUCCUGUCGCGCCUGAGGAACAUCGGGCGGCGCCGGCGGCUGCGCGCCAUCGGCCUGGCGCUGGGCACGCUGGCGGUGUUCGCCGUGUGCUUCGGGCCGUACAACGCGUCCCACGUGGUGGGCUUCGCCCGGCUGGAGAGCGAGGAGUGGCGGGACGUGGCGCUGCUCUCCAGCACCGUCAACGCCUGCCUGGACCCCGCCAUCUUCUACUUCUCCUCGGCGGCCGUGAGGAGCAUGCUGAGCGCCGGCUGCCGGAGCGUGGCGGCGAAGCUGCACGUGCUGCGGUGCGGGGGAGGGGCGCCGCGCGGCCGGAGGCCCUUCCACGCGGACAAGUACGACGAAGCUCCGCCCCCUUGAACCCGCCGGAGACGAGGCGUGAACGUCUCUCCGAGGGUUGCUGGUGUUUUGAUUAUUUCAAAAGACAAAUGGACGAAAUGAAUAGUUGAGAUUUAUUAUUCCUCUUCGUGUCUCGUCAUGUUGGUGCUUUAAAAACUUCACUUUAUUCAUCUAUAAAGCACAAAGUCAACUUGA